AUGUCAGAAAUAAGUUACCUCACUAUUGGUUUGGAAACUGAUAAUAUCUCUACUAAUAUUUGUUUUAACGAUGAUGACGACACUUUAGAUCAUAGUUGUGGUAUAACUAAUGAUUCGGGAAUUCCUGUUCUUGCUCCUAAACGUCAACGAUCGGCUGUUUCAUUUAGAGAUGAUGAUACUGAUAAUUGGGGAAGUGAUCAACUUAAUAAUCGAGAUGAACACAUACUUCAGCUUCAUAAUCCAAAGCUUAAGAAUGCUUUAUUAGGAAGGGUUAAUAUGUUUAGGAAAAAUAGGGAAUUAUGUGAUGUAUCUAUUUUUGUUAAAGAAAGAGAAUUUGCUGCUCAUAAGGUUGUCCUAGCAAGUGUUUCUCCCUCAUUUCUUGACAUGUUCUCAAAAAAUGAAGAAGGCUUUCAUUUACCAAGUGUUGGACCAUUUAAACAGCUCUCCUUUUUUCCACUUUCUAAUUCAACAGAAACAACAAAUGGUGGAGGAAAUGUUUCUGAUCAUACAAUAAUAGGACAAAAUAAAUCAAAACAUGUUAGUUAUUAUGAAUUUCUUGGUGAUUUAGAAUGUUUUCAAGCAAUAUUAGAUUAUGCUUACACCAGUUCACUUGAAAUUAGAAAUUCAAAAGUUGCUGAAUUGUAUAGAAUAUGUUAUGCCUUGCAAAUAAGACCAUUAGUUAAAGCAUGUGCAAGGUAUUUAGCUAGUAACUUAAGUGUUGAAAAUUGUAUUGGUUCAAAGAUUGAUCAAUUUUUAAAAGAAAAUAUUGAAAAAGUCUAUACUGAAUGUGUGGAAUUUACUAGAUUACCAUGUAUAAGAUUAAAAAUUAUUGUUAAUGUUGAAAAAUUUAAAAAGAAAUUAAUUUUAGCUGGUAAUUUAGUUGAAAAAGCAUUAAAAUAUUUUCAGGAAACACCAAAAAAUACAGAUAAAGUAGAGCUUAUACUUGAAAUGCUUGCUGAUAAAGUACAUUUAUUUUAUUAUGAAGAAGAAAACCUUUUACAAGAUUGUGCAUUUUUAGAUGAUAAAACUAUGGUUGGUAGUUCAGAUAUUGUACAAGAAUAUAAAAGAAGUAAGCAAAAAUGUCAUGCACUUAUCAAUAAAGAUACUCCACAAGCAACUCAUCAUAUUAGUGGAGCAAAAAUUGUACGUAGUAAUGGAUCAAUAAUGGAAAAUAAUAAGUACAAUUCAAAUGAAUCUCUUAAUUCACUUGCUUCAUCACAAAGUGAAGUUGAAGAUGAAAUUGAAUAUAAAGUUAUUGCAGUUCAUAAAAUAUCACAUGAUUGUUUCAUUGCUUUAACUAUUCUUUAUCAUCGUUUGGUUGUUUUAUCAAUCCAAACAACUGAAAAUGAUGAAGUAGUAAAAUCAAAAUAUUCACAUUCCAAUAGUACUUCCCCUGUUCUUGGAAAUAACGGUUUAUCUGAAAAUAGUAGUGAUAAAGAUAGUAAUUCAGAAAUUUUGUCUAAACAUGCUGAUAGAGAUGAUGUUAUUUCAAAAUUAGUUGAUCCAAAUGCAGUAGCACGUAUUCCACUUCCUGUUAUGAGUGUUGCCAGAUGUUCUACAGGUGCUGUAUUUUUAAAUGGUAAAAUAAUUAUUUGUGGUGGUUAUGAUAGAGGUGAAUGUUUAAAAAGCGUUGAAGAGUAUGAUAUUGAAAAUGGACAAUGGAAGGUACUUCAAAAUAUGAGUUGUGAAAGAGGACGUCUUGAUUCAGCUGUAUGUAAUAAUAAAGUUUAUGCUAUUGGUGGAAGUAGUGGUAGUGAUGAUUUAAAAUCUUGUGAAGUAUUUGAACCAUUAUUAAAUAAAUGGAAAAUGAUUAGAGAUCUUCCUUCAUCAAGAAGUCAAAAUGCCUGUGCAGUUAUGGAUGAUAAAGUUUUUUGUAUUGGUGGAAUUAGAGAUCAAGUUGUUUUAAAAGAUUGUGAACGUUACUCUCCAUCGGAUAAUGAAUGGGUAUCAAUAGCUCCAUUACAAACAGCUCGUUCUCAAGCUGCAUGUAUUUCAUGGAAAAAUAUGCUAGUUGUUAUUGGUGGUACUGAUCGUUGGCUUUGCCUUUCUUCUGUUGAAGCUUAUGAUUCAAAAACUAAUUCAUGGAAAUAUCUUAAUUCACUUAAAACACCACGUCGCGGUUGUGCUGUUGCUGUUGUUAAUGAUUCGUUAUAUGUUAUUGGAGGUAAUGAUGGAACACAGAGUUUAACUUCUGUUGAAAUAUUAAAUUCACCAAAUGGACAAUGGCGUCCUGGUCCAAAUUUAACAACUCCAAGAGCUAAUACACAUGCUAUUGUUACCUCAGAUAAUGUUAUAUAUGUUAUUGGUGGAUAUAAUGGACAAACAUUUCUUAAUACAAUAGAGUUAUUAGAAGAUGAAACUUUAGGUUGGAGAUCAUGGAAAAGAACUAAAGAAGACAAAGAAGCAUAUGAUGCAUUAGAAAAAAAUUGUACAUCAUGUAAUAUUGAUGAAGGAAGUGAUACAGAAGUUACUCCAAGAGCAAACAUCUUUUAA